GAGCCAGUGAAACCCACUCUCACUCUCCCGCUCGCUCUCUCACACACUUGCAGUAGCUUGCUCCCUUUCACUCUGCUCUGCGACGCUUGCGUUCUCCCCUCUCGCUCUCUGUCGCACGUCAUUUUAAAAACACAGGGAGACUCACUGUGGCUCCUGCAUUCUCUCCCUCUCUCUCACCCUAUUGUUGUGUACCUCUAGUGGCACAUGCUCUGGCAUCAGCACGAGCGUCGGCACUACGGUUUGCACAAAGACGGAUAAUGAAAGAAAGACACAGAAGAAGACAGAGGUAGGGGUAAAAGAAAUUAAAGAGGAAAAGAAGAGGAGUAGAGAAGCUUUGAGGAUAGUUUUACCAUUUGGAUUAAGCUGGCUUUGAAAGCAUCUGCUGUAAGUGUGCUCCAGUCAAGGGGCCGUCACAAACAGAACCAGUCAUGGAUUACAAAUAUGUUGGAAAUCAGCCUAUGGCGAGGAGCUUCAUCAAUUGUCGACUGGUGCUGACAACCUAAGCCGACCAGAAGCUUAUUUGCCGUGUCCAUUUCACUCCUUCACGACGGAUUCACCAUCCACCCCUCUAUCAGUUGUGAUUUUGUGGGACUUUACCUUAAAGACCUCAUCCUCACAGACCGCCAAUGCUUACAAGGAACUGCCUGCUGCUCCUUUGGUUUUUCUUCAGCAAAGGGUCCCUGUCUCCCGUACGCCCACCAGGCCCAAUGCUGAGCAUGGGCAGGCUAGGAAAGGAUCAUUCCAGGAGCCUGUCAAGCCCAGUGAGCAAUGGGGUAUCUGGGUUUCAGAGAGUCAAGAGGGGCUGGGUGUGGAACCAGUUUUUUGUGCUGGAGGAGUACAUGGGUUCCGAGCCUCAAUAUGUGGGCAAGCUGCACACUGACCUGGAUAAAGGCGAGAGCGCGGUGAAGUACACUCUCUCGGGAGACGGGGCCGGCUCUAUUUUCACCAUUGAUGCAACGACUGGGGACAUCCAUGCCUUAAGAAGCCUUGACAGGGAGGUGAAGCCUUACUACACCCUCCGUGCCCAGGCUGUCGAUAUAAACACUGACAGGCCCCUGGAGCCUGAAUCAGAGUUUGUUAUCAAGGUCCAGGAUAUCAACGACAAUGAGCCAAAGUUCCUAGAAGGACCAUACACAGCCAGUGUCCCUGAGAUGUCACCUGUUGGAACCUAUGUGAUGCAGGUGACAGCUACCGAUGCAGACGACCCUACUUAUGGAAACAGUGCCAGAGUGGUCUACAGCAUCCUUCAUGGUCAGCCAUACUUCUCUGUUGAUCCCAAAACAGGCAUAAUAAGGACUGCCUUGCCGAACAUGGACCGUGAGGUGAAGGAGCAGUACCAGGUGCUAAUCCAGGCCAAGGACAUGGGAGGGCAGCUAGGAGGUCUGGCUGGGACCACUACCGUCAACAUCACCCUCAGUGACGUCAAUGACAACCCACCAAGGUUCUCUAAAAGUUUCUUUCACUUGAGAGUCCCUGAGUCCUCUGCAGUUGGUUCUGCUGUGGGAAGGAUCAAAGCUCACGACUUGGACAUAGGGAAGAAUGCAGAAGUAGAGUACAACAUUGUACCAGGGGAUGGAGGAAACAUCUUUGACAUCAUCACCAAUGAACACAACCAGGAGGGAAUAAUCAUUCUCAAAAGGCCGCUGGACUAUGAAACAAAGAAGGCCUACACUUUUAAGGUGGAUGCGUCUAACACUCACCUGGACUCUCGGUUCCAAAACUUCGGAGCCUUCAAGGACACAGCCACAGUGAAAAUGAAUGUCUUGGAUGUAGAUGAGCCUCCACUGUUUUCUAAGCACUCCUACGAGAUGGACGUAUUUGAGGAUUCACCUGUAGGCGACAUCAUUGGAGCAGUCACAGCCCAGGAUCUGGACGCUAGCAACAGCCCCGUCAGGUAUUCCAUUGACUGGAAGAGUGACCUGGACAGCUACUUUGACAUUGAUCCAGUGAAGGGAACAAUUUCCACAAAUGAACUCCUGGACAGAGAGAGUAUCACCCAGCACAAUAUCACUAUUGUGGCCACCAAACUUAAUAGCCCAGUUUUGACCAGUAGAGUGGCUGUCAUCGUUCAUGUACUGGAUGUCAAUGAGUUUCCCCCGGAAUUAGCUGUCCUUUCAGAAAGCUUUGUCUGUGAAAAUACCAAAGUAGGCCAGGUAAUUCAAACCUUCAGUGCAAAGGACCAAGAUCUGCCACAGGCUGGUCAUAUGUUCUCCUUCAAACCAUCAGAGAAGGACGUCAACAACAAAAACUUCACUAUUCGUGACUUUGGAAAUAACACCGCAGGGAUAGUGACCCUGCGGAGCAGCUUUCAGCAGCGUUCCCAGGAGAUAUAUUUCCUUCCCGUGGUAAUCCAGGACAGUGGCUACCCUGUCCAGAGCAGCACGGGCAUCCUCACCAUCCGUGUGUGCGGGUGCGAGACAGACGGAUCCCUCCUCACAUGCAGCGCAGAGGCCCGUUUCCUUCCAGUGGGGCUCAGUACAGGCGCCUUGGUAGCCAUUCUCCUGUGCAUCAUCAUUCUCCUGGUGAUUGUGGUCCUCUACAUGGGACUGAGACGACAGAAGAAGAAGGAGACUCUGAUGACUUCUAAGGAGGACAUCCGUGACAACGUGAUCCACUACGACGACGAGGGCGGGGGUGAAGAGGACACCCAUGCUUUUGAUAUGGGCACCCUCCGCAACCCAAAAGUAAUCAAGGAUAACCUAGUAAAGGAGAAUCUCUUGAUAGAGAACCGUGACCUUUUCCGAAGGGACGUUAAACCUGAGCCCAAAACAGGCAAAAACCAACCACCUGUUUCCCAAGACAGUGCAGAUAUCAGUGAGUUUAUCAACCAGCGACUGAAAGAAAACGAUGUGGACAACUCAGCCCCACCCUACGACUCUCUGGCCACGUAUGCCUAUGAGGGUGAGGGCUCUGUGGCUGAGUCACUCAGCUCCAUUGAGUCUCUGGUUGUAGAUGCUGAUGAGGACUAUGAUUGUCUCCACGAAUGGGGUCCUCGAUUUAAGACUCUGGCAGGAAUAUUUGGAGAGCAGUCAACCACUCAGUCAGACACAAAGACAAAAACAACAGAAAACGAACAAUGAUUAUCUUAUAAAUAAAAUCCAAAAGAGGGUGUAAAAUGGCAUAUUUUUCUUUUGUUUUUCUAUUUCUAUUUUCAAGGUUAAAACUAUUUUGCAAACCCAUUUUUUUCUUAGUUUUUAAAAAAAUAAUAAUUUUGUUUCAUUCCUAGCCUCUGUUAUAAGAUAGUAAAUAAAAAAGAGAUCCUUUCGAUUACAUUAUUUUGCAAUUUUAUAUAUUUAAUUUAAAUUUCAAAAUGCAAGCUUUUUUUUUUGGCAUCCUUGAAAGUGCCUACAUAUAAUUUACGUAUAUGUAAAAUGGUCAAAUUUUUCUUAACUGCACAUUCUGUUCUCUGUUAUUUUUUUUCUCUCAGAGGCCCGAGAAUUCAACUGGACAUACAAAUAUUGCUGAAUGACAGACGUGUUGUUUGAGACUACUCUCCGUAGGACCAGAUUUUUUUUUUUCAAAUAUUUUGAGUUUGUUAUUUAUUGUUUAUUUAUUGGCUGGGUGUUUUUUUUAUUUUCCAAAAUUUUUUAUGUAUUUAUGUAUUUAUAUCUUAAAUGUUAUACAUCUUUUUUUUAUGACACUUGUAAUUGUUGUCGUUAUGCCGUGACCCACACAAAAUGAACGUUUUAGUCAGGUGGGUCAGUUGUGUACAUAUACUCAAAUGUAAGCCUAACUGAUAUAAUGCAGUUCAGUCAAUGUGAUAAACACUGUUUUCUUAAAUAAACGCCACUGACAGGAAUCA